AUGGGUGUUCAAUCAAAAUUCGAUAUUCAUAUUGAUGAUCUAAACGAUAAACAAAAGGAAAAGAUCAAGGAGUUGAGAGAUCGGUUGAGAGAAGAUUUGAAACGAUAUCCUGAAUAUGACACUGAUCUAUCGCUUUUUCGAUGGUUGGUCGGAUGGGAUUAUGAUAUCGAUGCCAUUGUCCCAAAAGCAUCGUGGGCUCUUUCCGUUUUUGAUAACCUCGGUUUCAACGAUUUCCAAAUCAACUCCAUCGAUGACAUUCACCAAUACGCACUAGCUAGAAGCCCUGCUGUCCCAUAUUUUCCCGGUGGUCUUCUCGGCUAUGAUAAGGACGGAAAUGUACUUUAUUGUCAACCAAUGGCUAAAGCUCAUCCUAAAACUCUUAUCAAAGCUGACUCAAUCUCUCAAGUGCUUCGGCUAGAGUUGGCUAUGAUCGAAGGAGCUUUCAAACUAGUCAGAGCGCAAGAAGCGAAAACUGGACGUAAAUGCGGAAUGAAGAUCAUUAUGGAUUUAGACGGUUUUUCUUACAGCGAGCACAUCCACAUGCCAGCAAUCACAGAAUACCUCAAACUUUUAUCCCUUGUACAGGCUGUAUUUCCGGACUUUUUGCGAAAACUUUGGGUCGUCAACCCACCGACCACAAUUGCUGUUGUUUACAAUAUUGUAAAACCCGUAUUGGCUAAGCAAACUCGGGAGAAGAUUGAGAUUCUCGGGAAAGAUUGGAAAGAGAUUCUUGUGACUAGCUGUGGAGCCGAGAACUUGUACCCACAAUGGGGCGGAGUCAAACCAGCCGCCACACCCUAUGGAAAUGUGCGGCUUGGAGGGAAAGUGCCAGAAAAAGUGAUGUAUUCGCCGUUAAACAAUCCGUGGGAUGACGAAGAGCGGAUGAAGUCGAUAAACGUCUCGGCGAGAAGCAAAGCCGAGAUACGAAUUCAAGCCGAAAAAGGCGAAACGAUUAGGUGGUUGUUCCGAGUGAGCAGCGGUGAUGUCGACUUCUCGAUUAGGCAUAAUGAUGCAGAGGUGUAUCCAACUUUUCGGAUUUCUACUGAAUUUGUGCCUGAGAUUGGGUCAAUGAUUUGCAGAGAGUCGGGCGAGUAUGUGAUUCUCUUUGAGAAUUUGCAUGGAAAACUAUGGAGCAAGGACGUCAAGUACCGGGUUGAGGUUGAAGAGGCU